GUUAUUUUCAUUAGUGAAAACUAUAUCAACUUUACGCAAUGGAGAAAUAUAGGUAUUUCAUAGAUAAUUAUGUGAUAAAAUAAUUUAUUAAAAGGAAAUGCGAGUAAUAUCUUAAUUAGAAUCAUGACAUCAAUGAUGAAAAGAGGCCACAUUACCAUAUUUUUUUAAAAAAACAGCAAAUACAAAAUAACCCGUGAUAUUCCAAAAAAUGUGCCUCACUUAGAAGCUUUGUAAAAUCCUAGUAAGCAGUAAGGUGAUUUGUUUGUUUGUUUUCGGUGAUUGUGAUCUAACUCGUGACCUGUGAUUUACAUGUGAUGCAGCCAGAAACGGGACAGUAUUUGCUUUUCAAUGCUAUUCGGUCUUAGCUUUCAUGAUGUAAUCUUUUGGAACCCAUUCGGUGAUUAUCAUAAAAAGAUAACAAAGAAGUGGCAUUUUUUUCUUUGUUUUCUUCUUCUUUCUUUCUUUCUUUCAUUUUAAUUUAUUUAAAUUCUUUGCUCAGGACUAAUCUCUUAGCUUCAGUCACGCGUCACGCAACAUCCGUCCGAAACUAAAUCGCUGCAAAUACUAACAGACAGCWAUUUAAAGACAAUUUGCCAGUAUUAAUAAACCAGAACGAAUUUAAACUAUUAUGAGACAAAGAAGAUAUACWCAUUAAUAAACUAUGAAUCGGUAUAAAAUAACAAUUUAUAAGUGGUCUCAAUGGAUUCCUCUUGAUUGCGCUCUGGUUCAUUGAUGCUGACAAAUUUAGUUUUUGGUUUUACUUCAUGGUUGCCCUGCGUCGCUCUAUAAAUACAUCACCACCCAAAGUCAAAUUUGGUGAGUGGAGAAUUUCUAAAGAAAAACAAUACAAUUUUAGAAAAGAUGUUUUGUGAUAAAUUGUUUUGUCAGAACUCAGACUAUAUUGUUAUGACAAUGUACACGCGCUCUUGUGUAACGCAUACUUGCCGUAAUUUGCAUAGGCGAGACACUCGCAUGGUGCUGUCUGUCUCUCAUCUCCAUUUUAUCCUCAUGGCUCGAUGAAAGUCACGUUUUAAAAUCACAACAUUUCUUAUUUUCUUUACUGUUCUUCGAUUCGAUAUCGUGUUCAGAAAAUAUUAUUGAAUCUUAAAGGGUCAAAAAACGUGACCUCCAACUCUUACUGUUACAUAACCACCAUGAAAGCCAUCAUCUUCAUAUUCGUUUGUGGUUUAACAGCAACGAUUAUUGCAGUUCUUUUGCAAGUCCUGGUUCCAAAAAUAGUGGACUCUCAAUUGAAGAAGAACCUUAUUAUCAAAGAUGAUAACUCCUUGAGGUUCAAGCAGUGGAAAAGUCCRACAUUGCCAGUGAGAAUCAAAUUCUUUGUCUUCAGUAUCACUAAUGGACCUGACAUAAAGAAAGGCAAACGUCCCUCGCUGCAGCAGAGAGGUCCUUAUGUCUACAUAGAAUACAUGGAUAAAAAGAAUAUUUCCUUCAACGGUUCAGAACCAAUGGUUUCUUACGACCAGGAAAAGUGGUUUAUAUUUGAAAAGGACGAGUCAUGCGYGACAUGUGAUCCUCACAACGACAUAAUUACCACGAUCAAUGCACCAUAUGUCAUCAUGGCUGAGGUUGCCAAAACCUACUCUGGCCUUGCCAAAUUUGUGAUCAAUUUAAUGCUAGCUGAGGAAAAGGAAAAAUUGCUGAUGACCAAAACAGUUCAUGAAAUAAUAUGGGGUUACAAUGACCCUCUUUUUGAAGCUUUCGCUAAAUGGCGGAAAAAGUAUAACCUCUUUUUCAUACCAGAAAUAGAUCCCUUCAUGAAUUAUCAGCCAAACAAUACGUACGAUGGUUUUGUUUCUGUAAAUACUGGUGCAAAUGAUAUUUCUAAGGUUGGUGUUUGGGAAAUGUGGAGAGGACAAAACAGCCUUAAYAUAUGGAAAACAAAGUAUGCGAAUAUGUUGAAUGGUAGUGAUGGGACACAAUUUCCACCAGGCAUUUCUAGCGACCAAACAUUGUACUUUUUCUCACCAAACCUAUGUCGUUCUGUCUAUAUCAAUUACAACAACAAGCACCAGUUAAAAGGAAUUGAUGUAUUAAGAUUCACAGCACCAAAGGAAUUAUUUCAAAAUAGUUCCCAGAACCCCAGUAAUGCUGCCUUUUGCCAUCAGCGCUGCUAUCCCAAUGGCAUUCUAAGUGGGACAAAGCCAGACUGUCAGCCGAGUAAGACAGAGUCCCCAAUUGUUGUCUCAACACCUCAUUUCCURUAUGGUGGUCCAACUAUAAGAGAUAGUGURGAAGGUCUUAAACCUGAUAAAGAAAAACAUGGUCUUUUCAUUUCAAUUGAGCCACUAACUGGCAUUCCCUUACAGGCCUUGAUUCGACUUCAACUUAAUUUGCACAUCCGGGAGAUUCCAGGUAUUGUAGGGACAACCGGUGUACAAGAAGCAUAUGUUCCAAUUCUGUAUUUCAGUAAUGAGGUUACAGUUGAUAAAGCCAUAGCUAAAAUGCUGCGCAAUGAUGUGUUUUUACCCCUGGAAGUUUGUUAUGUCUCAGAAAUUUCCCUGUUUUGCUUGGGUGGGCUAUUGAUAUUUGUUACUAUUUUUGGGAUAUUUGCACGUAGAAAUUCUUGCAAGAAAAGGAAGCUGAAGGAUGAAAGUGUGCAGUCAGAGAAAACACCUCUCCUGGCAUGAGAAAUUUCCAUUCAAUUUUCAUGAUAUGUUCAGCAAAAAUUUUUGUAUACAACAUUUUUAUAUAAAAUGAUGAUAAUAAUUAUUAAAAGGGAAUGUUAGUAAUAAUAACUGAAUAAUAAUAAUAUAAAACGAUGAUACUAAGUAAAUUUUAAAACAUAAUUAUAAAAACAUAGUUAUAAAAAUAUAGGAUUUUCAAGUGUGCUAAAAGUAAGGGAUUACUAGUAUAGUAUAUCCCCUUUCUUAAACUGUGCGGAUUGUUGAGGGAUAAAAAACAUUGCAUAAUUCAGCACUAUUUAGAUACUAACUAAAGGUUAUUCAAUGACUAAAGUGCUUGCUCUGAAAUGUCUAAAUAAGUCACUAUUAAAAUUUACUUAUUAAGGUAGAGACUGUUGAGAAAAUAUUGCACAGAUAUGAGAUGUGAUCAUCUGUAUUAAUUUAUCGUAAUUUGUAUUUCUGAUAUUCAAUGAUUACGAUGAUGAUAAGAAAAGGAUAAUGAUAUCUUUAAAUUAUCAUUGUGAUCGUCAAUGGUGAGAAAAGUUAUUUUUGUUACGGUCAUAGUUAAAAUUGCCUCAGAGCAGGGACUUGAAUAUCAAUGAGGAUAUUUGGMCAUUAUUUCUUAAUUUAUAUAAUUUUUUUACUGAUGAUUAAUGGCCAGGCYAUAAUUGUGACCUCUAAAUAUAAAGAGCCAAGUGUUCUUAAAAUAUCAAAUCAUCUGKAAGAUAACAAACAAUAUUUUUUAAUGGAAAGAAGAAAAGUGAAAGGAUUUUACUUUUAGAUUAUGUGUUAUCAUAGAGCAGAGUCACUUGA